AUGCCGUUCGAGCUGGUCGCCGCCACCGGUCCGCCGGACACCUCCUCGAUGCUCGCAGAGGAGCGCCGCCGGCAGCCCCAUUCCAGCACCGACAUCUAUACCAAUGGUGCUGCCUCUGGUGAUGCCGGGCUCGCAUCCUACUUCGACCCGAUCAACAUGGGGAGCGCCUUUCAUCCAGCAUCGCCGCCUGCUGCGCUGGCUUCGAACCAGCAGCCAGCCAGCCCCUCGUCGCCGUCCAUAGGUGGCGCCCGCACCACCGGCCAGGCGGCACUCUCGCCCACCCGCAGCCCUCUUGGCAUCGCCACUACGUUUGCGCGUCCUUUGUCUGGAUCGUCUGCGGCUCCGGACCAGCCGCCUUCGCCGUCCUACUUUGCCAGCGUCGCCGCCUCGUUCUCCUCUGCGUCGUCGUCGUCCCCAGCAUCGGGCCGACAGCCGACCAUUACGUUCACGGGCGCUCCUGCCGAGAGCACCAUCGUCGCGCCCACGAGCCCGAUGCGGCCCGGCGGUUCACAGCAGGACCUCCAGAGUCUGAUGUCCGCGCAGUCGGUGGUCGGCCACGCAGGCCACGGCGCACCCGCAGUCACAGCGCUGCCCUCGCCUCCGCUCUUGGCCCACUCCCCCGGGGAUGGAAGCUUUAUGGGCCAUUCGCAGGCUCCCGUCUCUCCCGGAGGCUCGAUCCGGUCAAGAGGGCCAUCUUCGCAGAUCGGGUUCUUCGCCUCGCUCCGGCCGUCUUCGCCCAAGGUCGGCUCACAGCUGCGCGAGGACGGCGCUUCCGAGCGGAAGCGCGACAAGGCCGACCGGGAGCGGGAGCGAUCGUCCCUUGGCACCAGCAGCGGCCUCGAGGUGGAGCCCAGGGCGAGGCGCCCAAGCAGCGUCUUUGAGCAGGUCGGCAUCGUCUGGGAGCGGUUCGGACGCAAGGUGCAUCACGUCCGCAACUCGACCUCCGAAUCCGGGCCAGGGUCGCAUAAGCGGGGCAACGGAUCGCUUGGCGCCUCCAGCGCCGCCGCCGAGGCUAGCGAGGAGCGGCCCCCUUCCACGGGAUCGAGCCUUUCGGGAUCGCAAACCUCGCCCUUCCAAGGUCCCUCGCCGGUCGAGAUCGACCGGCGCGGUUCGGCCUCGUCGAGCGCAGAGCAGCGCCUACCUGCCUGGUUGGAGGAGUCUCUGGUGGGAGCAGGCAUAGCUUCGGCGACCUCGCCAACCUCCGCAACGUUCGCGCGCCGCGAUAUCGAAUCCCGAUCGCCAGCGCCUAGCGUCGCUGCUUUGAACGCAGCAGCCAGCCAUGGCGUGGACGCACCAGGGGGAAGCUUGGGGGUGCAGACGGCGAACACGGCUGCCCGCAGCGCCCAUUCCAGCCCGGCUUCGCCUUCCCGCGAGCCGACAGAGUACGUCGACCACGUCGGCACCGACAGUCCGGCUUCCCGCGGUGGCAUCAUGCGGCAGCUGUCGGCCGGUUCGAAUUCGUUCGACGAUGGCCUUCUGCCCGGUCCGUCUCAUAUCCGGCGUCAUAGCCUCCUCGACCGCGUCCUCAUCCAGGUCACCGAGGACAACGAGCGCUUCUCGGUGGUCGACGUCUCUGGCGUCGAUUCAGCCGAUGCGAUCAAGGAACGGAUGUUUGCCAAGCUUCAUCUCUUCGAUGAGGACUUUUCAAACUUCCAGCUCUUCCGUACCGAGAUCGGUCAGGCGAGUGCGACAGGGCCCGUGGUCAACGACGAUGCUCUCCUCGCCCUUUGCCUGCAAAUGGGCGACGAUCGUGGCACGCUCAAGUUUCUCGUCCACCAGGCCGGCCCGCCCACCAAGCCUGCUAGUCGGGCGCUGCCGCCUCUGACGACAUCCUCGCCUCGGAGGGCGCUCAAGGACCUCGUGGGGCCAUUACCAGAUUCUGCGGCUGAUCAUCGCCGGGCUGAGAGCCAGUCGUCAAAAUCGUCGAUCAGCGACGCUCUCGUGUACUCCGAGAUCAUGACACACGACGACGGCGGCGGCGGCGACGGUGCCACCGAGCCUGCACAUCGGCGUACGGGCAGCGGUCUGCAAAGGUCCAAGGCGCAGUCUCGGCGGGCCCUUCCCGACGCACCCGCCACUGGAGACGAGUUGCGCUCCCCGGUGCAGGGUGCUAGGGGAUCGCUAGGGGGCUAUGAUCGUCGUUCGACAGCCUCCUCGACCGACGGCUCCGAGCGCAACCGAGGAGGCGAGCCGCCUCACUCGAGGCGGGCAGAGGCAUCCGAAGUCGACGCUGCGCAGCGAUCGUUCAGCCCACCCCUGCCUUCGCCACAUGCUCGGAACGCACCGCAGCAGACUUCGACGCCGUUUGGGUCGGCUCUCCGUGACGGCGACCGCGAUUGGCCCUCUGCGGCUUCCAACUUUAGGCCACCGGAAGCGGGAUUUGCCGCUCACAUCCAACCGCAGUACCAGAGCUCGCCCCAGACGCAGCAACGUUCGCCUUCGCACGCUGCCGAGGCGGCAUACCGAGCCGGCGAUAGGGGAGGAGCGCCCCUGCCUCGUUCCCUGCAAGCUGCUGCACGACCGGCUCCGAGCUCGCAUGGUCAGAUGCCUUCUGAGCAUGGUCAAAACGGCCAUGCUCGCCUCCGUUCCGAGGGAGAAGAGGGGCAGGCGACGGCCAAGGCCGCCUCCCAGCUGACCAUCCACAGCGCCAAGAGCAUGGAUGACCUACGGAAGCGCCCGGCGCCACCACCUCCACCGAUGCCGCCGAGGGUGGACAUGGCUAUGAUCGGCUCGUUUGAGCGCGACGGCCGCUAUCCGAACCCAGCCAUCGUGCGGCCGUCGACGGCGACACCAUCGCAGAAGGAGCCGACGCAGGUGCAGCGGCAGCUGAGCUCCGAUGCGCACCUCGGCUUGAGACUGAACUCGCCGGGCAUGGCGCCGGACCCUCGAGCCUUGCAACGCAAUCGCAGUGCCCAGGCUGCGCUUGCUAUAUCUGCAAGUCAGCCCAAUGCCGCGAGCAGCGUGUCUGGGGCCGCCAUGAGGAUCCCCUCGGCCCCGGCGCCGAUGCGAUCACCGGCCAUGUCCGGUCGCGACGGUGUGCCGAUGGCGCAGGACUCAAGGCACGGCAAUCGACCCGUAGUCCUGGAUGACGCGCGCUUCGGCGGCCAUCGCGUACCCCAGCAGCCGCCCAACUACCCGGCCCAGUUCAGUCGGAUGGGUCCUGCCCAGCUCAACACGAGUGCGCCCGCCCCAGGGUUCGGCUACCCCGCGCAGCAGCCGAUGCAACAGCACUUCGCGGGCGGCCCCCAGCUUGCGUACGAGCCGCAUCGCGGGCAACAGAUGCAUCCGCCGCAUCCCGGCGAAUUCGGCGCGCGCCGUCCGUUCCAGCCGUACGGUCAUCAGGAUCCGCGCAUGCUUGGCAUGGGACAGGGAUCCUAUUCGCCUCGUCCGCACACCUUCCACGACGCCUCGUUCUCGCCGCAUCAACGCCCCGUCAUGGCGACCUCGCCACCUUACCGCAGCCGCGAGGAUCCCUUCACAAGCCUCUACUUUCCGGCUUCGAGCUCCAGGCAGGUCUCCGAGUUCCAAAUGACGGCUGGACGCCUCGAGCCCGGCAUGACUGUCCAGGAAACCAUGCAGCAUCGUCCCCACCAUGCCGGCCAUACCGCGCCACAGCCUUCUCACGGCCCGCGCGAAAUGCGCAGGCCAGCCACGGCUGCCGACAUGCCUGCCCAUUCGCAGCUCAGGCGUCCGCCCGCCGCCACGAUGUCUCCCCGACGUGAGCAGCAGGCCGUGCUUCCACCGGCGGUCGACUGGAGGCCGAACCCGCCUGCGUACCAACAGCAUCAGCACCAUCUCCAGCAUCAGCACCAGCACCAGCAUCAGCUCCAGCACCAGCACCAACACCAACACCAGCAUCAGCACCAGCACCAGCACCAGCACCCUCAGCCGCAACAGCAGCAGCAGCAGCAGAAACAUCACCAUCAGCAGCAGCAAGGGUCGAUUCAGCCAUCUAAUGGCCCGUCGAGCCACGUCUCGCAGCACAGGCUUCCAACCCGCGCUGUCCAGCACCCCGAGAACGGUGGCUACCCAAGUGCGGUCCCUCGCGAGGGCAACGUGAUUCGUGCGAAUGCGUCUGAGCGGUCGUCUGGCUCGUCUUUCGCCUCAAGCAACUCGCACAGGAUGGCUUUCGGCGAAGAUGACCGGCCCGGGCGUCGCUCGAUUGAGGAUUCCUUCAGCGCCCCGACAUCGGCGCGGAACUCGCAGAGCAGCACGACCAAUAUCGACCUGCACAAAGACGGUGCUGUCGAGGAUGACAGCCGCGGUGCCCAAGAAGGGGACCUCGAAGACGAGGACCUGAUGCACGUCCGACCCCUACCAAGGCCCCCGCAGCCUUCGCAAGCGGGGCAGGUGGCUAAGUCGACAGGAUCGGGGAACGGCCGUGGUCCCGCCGAGGACGCUGCCAGCGGUGCAGAAGGCCAGCGGGAUGGUGAGGGGACGCCCAAGCCUGUCGAUGGCGAGGGCACGCUCAAGGCGAGCAAUGUAGCGAACCUGUGGAGCUCUCUCGGCGCCCGCGCACUGGGCGAGCCCUCGGACACGCUGGCCAGCAACAGCGAUAGCGGCACAUUGCGGGCCGACCAGUCACGCCAUGCGGAUAUCGGCGAGGCUCCAUCGGCCGGUUCGAGCGCCACGGUCACGGCAGACGAUGCCCAGGCCGCGCAAGCAAAUACCAAGGCUGAUGGCAGCAUCCCGAGCAUCGAAGCGGCAAUGGACCCCGGCGAUGCCGGCACCUUUGCCUCCUUUGCGUCGUUCGACGACGACGAGAGCGAGGCGGGGACGUGGGCGCAGCCGCUGGACUCUGACCCGAGCGCUCCGCGCCUGCCUCUGCACUUCGGCGGCGCACAGUCAAGCGGCGAAGAAGUUGGCGAGCAGACUCUGCAGCCCGGGCGAGGACUCCUCUCCGCAGCCGGAAGCUCGACGCCAGCCGAAGUCGCCGCGGCAUCGCCUGCUGCUUCUAGCCCUCGCAGACCGGAGCUCCGUCUCCAGAUCGAGGCGCCCACCGCAGGCAGCCCGCAUCUCGCGAGCUCAUCGCGCCGAGCGUCGCCGCAUGUUUCCCCGCGGCCGACGUCCAGCAAGCUUUCCUCGAACAGCAAGGGCAACAGCGGUGGAGGCGUCCAACGUAGCUACUCGUUUGCCAAGCGCGACAACGACUGGGCUUUCCGACCUCCGCCCGAACAGCUCUACGAGAACCUCGACGACUUCUUUCCCAAGCACGACCUGGACAAGCCGCUGCUCGAGACGACGGGCGUGCCCGAGAGUCCGGUCGGUGCCGGCAGCCCCAAUCCGGACGUGAGCCCGAAUCCGGCCCAGCUGCAGCCGCCUUCCGGUGCCGCAGCGGGAGGCCAACUCGCAGGAUCGCUGAGUCGGCACAAAAAAUCAAUCAGGAUCGUGGCGCAGGACCGCAAGCGGUUCCUCGACCGCGCCGAGAAGCGCGUGUCGUUGUCUCCAGGCGCCGGCAACGCGGCCCUGGCGAGGCGUCGCAGCACCCGCCUCUGGGGCACCAAGGUGAUCGAGAUGACACCCGGUCAGGAAGUCGGCACCCCGGCGUCGGCCACCCCGGCCGAGUCGCCCUCUGGCGAGAGUGGUCGACGUCCCGUGUUCAAGUGGGUCAAGGGUGACUUGAUCGGCAAGGGCACCUACGGCCGCGUCUACCUGGCGCUCAACGCGACGACCGGCGAGAUGAUCGCCGUCAAGCAGGUGGAGCUCCCGAGGACGGCGAGUGACCGCGAAGAUAGCCGUCAGAAGGGGGUCGUCGCGGCCCUCAAGUCUGAGAUCGAGACGCUCAAAGACCUCGACCACCCGCACAUUGUCGCCUAUCUCGGAUUCGAGGAGACUGCGUCGUUCCUGAGCAUCUUCCUCGAGUACGUGCCGGGUGGCUCGGUCGGCAGCUGCCUCCGCAAGCACGGCAAGUUCGAGGAGGCGACGAUCAAGUCGUUCCUCCACCAGAUCCUCGAGGGCCUGGCCUACCUGCACAGCAAGGGCAUCCUCCACCGCGACCUCAAGGCCGACAACAUCCUGGUCGACUUUGAGGGCAUCUGCAAGAUUUCCGACUUUGGCACCGUCCGCCGCAGCGACGACAUCUAUGGCAACGUCGAGGACAUGUCGCUGCAGGGCAGCAUCUUUUGGAUGGCGCCCGAGGUCGUCAGCCUCUCCAAGAAGGGCUACUCGGCCAAGGUUGACAUCUGGAGUCUGGGCUGCGUGGUGCUCGAAAUGUUUGCCGGUCGGAGGCCGUGGUCGGACGACGAAGCUGUCCAGGCCAUGUUCAAGAUCGGUGCCGAGCGUCGCGCCCCGCCGAUUCCCGCCGACGUCACCCUGUCCAAGAAGGCCGCACACUUCCUCAAGAACUGCUUCGAGAUUGACCCGGCCAAGCGUCCGACGGCUGCACGACUGCUGGACCAUGUCUUCAGCGUGCCUGAAGAAGGCUGGCAGUUCCAGCAAAGCUCCCUGUGGCGACACCUGAAAAAGUAG